CUACAGAAUAAAUUUCCACUACUCUACUGUCUUCUCUCCCUCACCAUCUAUUUCAAAUGAGUGAUAACCGUCUACCAUGCUCACUCUGGGGUAAGUUUGCUGACCAAAUUAGCAAAGUUGCGCAAGAAUCUCUUGGUUCUAUCGUUAUAGUUUUGGUAAGGUGGGCGAAGUUAGGAGAAUGGAAAGAUAUUAGGAGUAUUUCUAAUGCUUUUGAUGCUUCGGACGUUUUAAUCAAUCCAAUUUUGACGGAAGUUGAAGACUUUAGGAGAAUGCUUCCAUCUGAUGGACUUGCCUUGACUAUCAUGGGACCUAAGCCUAGAUUCCAGCCUCUUAAGGUGCGUGAACAGAGGUCCUUCGGUUUACCUCUAAAGACUAUUGCUGAGCUUAAGGCUUCUUAUGAGGUUGAGAAGGUUAAAAUCUUCUGUACCAUUUUGCAAAUUGACUUGGACUACUCCUGGUACUAUUAUGCACACAUCAAAUGUAACAAAAAGGUAGUACAAAGUAAGAAACUGCUUAGCUCUGGUGCCAAGAAGUUAUUUUACAGAUGUGAGAAAUGUAAUGCAGAAGUUUCUGCUGUUGAAGCAAGGUACUGGCUUCACCUAGACGUUAUGGACAGCACAGGGGAGAGCAAACUUAUGUUGUUUGAUAGUUUUGUUGAGCAAAUUAUCGGAACUCCUGCUACUGAACUCUUGGAGGGCACUAAUGAAGCUUUCGUAGUCUUGAUUGAGCAAGACAACAUCUCAAGAGGAAAUGAUGAAUACAAAGUGAAUGAGGUUUUAACAAGUCAGAACCUCAAUCAAGCUGACCUUAAAGCUGAAGUUGAUUAUCCUGUGGAUCUUUCAUCCAUGAGUUCCAGUGACCAGGUUUUGAUGCUCACUAAUAGUUCUGAUAAGGAUGAGACUAUUAAUACUUCACUGUCUACACCAUCAUCAAAGAGAAAAGAAGAUGGUUCGGAUGGAUCUGAUCAAAACUCCACAAGCAAGAAACAAUGCACUGGAAAACAAUCUGAUGCUAAAGACAAUGGUGUCAUUGGUGUAGACAAUUCGAAGAAAACUGAUCAGCCUACUGAUCUUAAUGUCGAUGGUGUCGUUGACUUAGACAAUCCGAAGGAACAUGAUCAGCCUAAGUUUCUACACAAACUUGAUGAGGCAGGUCAAGAAGCCAUCACCAAAGUCAGUGAAGCAGAACAGAAGAAAGUUCUUUUGAAGAAGAUUAAGGUUGAGAAGAUCGAAGGUCAGAAGGGAGCAAAGUGAGGGAGGGAAUACUCAACGAUCUUAAAUAAAGUUAUCUGAUGGAU